AUGAAGGGUGACGAAAAAUGGAAAAUCCCAUCUCGCGACGAAUCCGCCCCAGGAAAAGUUCCCACAGCCACCGCGACAAGACCGAGUGAGCCACGUCUUUUUGGGCGGUGCAGAAAUCAGCGGGAUAAGCCAUGCAGCCGCGAAGAAAAGGACCUUGAACGCCAAGCACGGCCUAGAGGCAGCCAAGCCAAAACGCCGCUCCUAGGAACAGACAAAAUAAGUUUCACGGCCAAGGAGCAGGAGAAAGUCCUCACUCCUCACCACGACGCCCUGGUUAUCUCGCUCACUGUAGCGAACUGCCUGGUAGAAAGGAUACUGGUAGAUAAUGGAAGCUCAGGCAAAAUCAUCUUCCAUGCCGCAUACAAGGAUCUGGGGCUGGAGGAAGGCGCUCUAACUCGGAGGAUAACCCCCCUUAUAGGUUUCAGCGGGGAAGUCAAGCAAACCGUUGGGGAGGUAACCUUCGCCGUAUAA